GGAACUAGGGUUUUGUCCGGAGCUUCAUUACUUUUCAGUUCAUCAGUCGCUACCUCGCCUCUCUAGCAUCUCUUUCACAACUCUUUUCUUCAGUGGAUAGCAGCAGCAACAACCAGUAGUAGCCAUGGCUGAACAGACAGAGAAGGCUUUUCUUAAGCAACCAAAGGUUUUCUUAAGCUCCAAGAAAUCAGGAAAAGGAAAGAGACCUGGCAAAGGUGGAAACCGUUUCUGGAAAAACAUUGGCUUGGGUUUCAAGACUCCUCGUGAUGCCAUUGAAGGGAGUUACAUUGACAGGAAAUGUCCAUUCACUGGAACUGUCUCUGUAAGAGGACGUAUCUUAGCUGGUACUUGUCACAGUGCUAAAAUGCAGAGAACCAUCAUUGUUCGCAGGAACUAUCUCCACUUUGUGAAGAAGUAUCAAAGGUAUGAGAAGAGACACUCCAACAUCCCUGCUCAUGUCUCACCAUGCUUCCGUGUCAAAGAAGGUGAUCAUGUCAUCAUUGGCCAGUGCAGGCCAUUGUCAAAGACGGUUAGGUUUAAUGUGCUGAAGGUGAUCCCAGCAGGCGCAUCUGCUUUUGCUAAGAAGGCAUUCACUGGAAUGUAAGAGUAGUUUUGCUUGGUUUUUGAUGUUGGAAUGUUUUGUUUAAUGAUCCUUUUUUUUGUCUGAGGUAUUGAUUGCAUUACUACACUCAUCUCUUUUGUCUUUGGUUUGAAAUCAACUACCAUUGUCUACUUUGAUCAGACUAGAGAGUAAGAAAAGAGUUCCUUAAUUUAUGUUUCCGCUUAAAU